AUGAGGAUGUCCCGAGAAGGUCCAGACCGCCCCAUAUCCCGCGGUUGCCUGGCAGGCUUGUCCGAGUGCUUCCAGGUGAAUGGCGCCGACUACCGCGGUCACCAGAACCACACCGGUCCUCGAGGAGCUGGACGCCCGUGUCUUUUCUGGGACCAGACGCAGCAGCACAGCUACAGUAGCUCCAGCGACCCCCAGGGCCGCUGGGGGCUGGGCGCGCACAACUUCUGCCGGAACCCCGAUGGUGAUGUGCAGCCGUGGUGCUAUGUAGCUGAAACUGAGGAGGGCAUCUACUGGCGCUAUUGUGACAUUCCCACAUGUCACAUGCCUGGCUACCUGGGAUGCUUUGUAGACUCCGGUGCACCCCCAGCUCUCAGUGGUCCCAGUGGCACCUCCACGAAGCUCACUGUCCAGGUGUGCCUUCGCUUCUGCCGCAUGAAGGGCUACCAGCUGGCCGGUGUGGAGGCUGGUUAUGCCUGCUUCUGUGGCUCUGAAAGCGACCUGGCCCGGGGACGCCUUGCUCCCGCUACGGACUGUGACCAGAUCUGUUUUGGCCACCCGGGCCAGCUGUGUGGCGGUGAUGGACGGCUGGGCAUCUAUGAAGUGUCGGUGGGCUCCUGUCAGGGAAACUGGACUGCGCCUCAGGGUGUCAUCUACUCCCCGGACUUUCCCGACGAGUAUGGGCCAGAUCGGAACUGCAGCUGGGUGCUGGGCCCGACCGGUGCCGCUUUGGAGCUCACCUUCCGCCUCUUUGAGCUGGCCGACCCGCGUGACCGGUUGGAGCUGCGCGACGCCGCCUCGGGCAGCCUGCUCCGCACCUUUGACGGCUCCCGCCCUCCUCCGCCCGGACCUCUGCGCCUGCGUGCAGCUGUGCUGUUGCUCACUUUCAGCAGCGAUGCGCGCGGCCAUGCGCAGGGCUUCGCGCUCACCUACCGCGGGCUGCAGGACGCUGCGGAGGACCGCACGCCCCCCAAGGGCUCGGCCCAGACGCCCGCAGAACCCCCCUUGGGGGCCAACGUGAGCUGCAGCCCUAGGCCUGGAGCCCCACAAGCUGCAAUGGGGGCCCGGGUCUUCUCAACGGUGACGGCCGUCUCUGUGCUGCUGCUGCUGCUCCUGUCUCUGUUGCGUCUGCUGCGCCGACGGAGCUGUGUUCUGGCACGGGGAAAAGGGCCCCCGGCAUUGGGACCUUCCCGGGGCGCCGGGAGAAGCUGGGCUGUGUGGUACCGCCGGCCCCAAGGGGUGGCCCUACCCUGUCCUCCUGGGGACCCCCAGGCAGAGGGUCCUGCCACCGGCUAUCAGCCCCUGAGUGCCUCCAGCAGGAGCUCCUUACUCUCGCUCAUCUCUGCUCUCUGACUUCGGACCCCCAAGGUCCAUCGGACCUUCUGCCAGUGAGACGGAUAUCCGAGACGUUAUGCCGCAUUCUACCUCGGCCUUUUGCCACUUCAAAGGCAGCUUGGUCUCUGGUCAUUCCAGGGAGACCAGAAAUCGGACAGGAAGCAUCUUUUUCUAUUCUGGGUAUUUGGCCUGAACCUCUAGGUCCAGCUCACCAACCCAUAGAUCUUGAUGUGGGAGGUAGUCUCUGUUUUUAGGAGUCUCUGAGACCUUCCUGGGGUCAUCUUGGAUUGCUGCCCUCAGUGAGAGGUUAGAAGUCAAAAAAAGUAGUCAAAAUGUCACUGGCAUUUGGAGGCGUUCUGGAGAAGGGACAUGGACUCAGGACAAAUGGGGUCCUUGAUGAACAUGUUGUAGAAGAAUUUCAGCAGGUGCCAGAAACACAAAAAGGUUUAUUUAGGAAAGCAGAGACACAUUCAGGGGAGAAUGUGAGCCGUGUCCAGAGGAGUGACAACUUCUUGAUGUUGGGGUUAGUAUUUAUAUAGGAGCAAUUGCUAGGGGUUGGACUAGAGAUGGAUGCAGGGUGGAGUUACACAAUUUCUAGUGUUUCUGAAACUUGCACUUCACCCUCCUGUAACUUUUUUGUAGUUAAAGGCAUGGGUCGAGGGCAUGGCCUGGGUUGGUCAGGAGUGGCAAUGGUUCAUGGGCAUUUUCUACAUGGGCCCUUCCUUUGAUAAUCAUUAUCUCCUCCAUAUGUACCCAAAUUCCUGUCUCAAAGAGGU